AUGGGUUUAAAGACUAAGAACGGGAUUGAAAUAUUAGGUAACACUGGUACGACUUUCCAAGAAAAAGAUUUAAGGAAAAAUUGGGCAAAAGAAGAUGAUGAAUGGGCCAAGUUAGUGUCAAAGGUACCGAAUUAUAAUUUCCCCAUAUUAGGACGCUCGAUGUAUGAGACUGAUGAUGUUGACGAUAAGUUAUUAAGGGAUAAUAUAUGUCAAGAUCUUCGAUGGUCUUAUGAUGGGACUUCUUUAGUUAGCGUUAAUAAUGAUUAUGGUAUUAGACAGUAUUUGAUACCUGAGGACAAUGAAGAGGGAAAAGAAGACGAGAAUUUUGCUUCCAUUAAAAAAGGAAUACCUGUUAUGGUACCUUUUACUAGAUUUUUCAAGAAUCAAUCCAUAGUUAGUAGUGAAGUUCAUCCUUUAUAUUCGUUGUUUGACAAUGCUGAUAAUACCUCUAAUGGAUUUAAUAAUUGUAUAUUACUUGGUCUUCGAAAUAUGCCCAUCCAAUUAUAUGGAUUAACUAAUACGGAAGGUGAAGAUUCUAAUGAUAAAGUUAGUUCUAUUAUGAAUUACAAUGUUAUGAAUGAAGAGAAUGAAAAAUACGAAGUUCCCUAUGCUAUGAAAAUUGGUCGGAAUAGUUUAAGUACAUUUCUUGUUGGAUUUGAAAAGAAUAAAGUAGGAUUGUAUUCCUUUGAUCGUAAAGAAAGUAUAUCAAUUUUUAGGACUCGAACUUCCACUGAAUUACGAACUCGGAAAAGUAUCAUUUCAUGUUUUAGUGACUCAUUACCGUUAGGGAGGAAUAUGCAAUUUGCGGGCAGUUAUAAAAAUGAAAUUUUUAGUAUUGAUAGAAGGCAGAACUAUUUAAUUCCCCUAUAUAAAGGAAGUUCUUCGUCAAGAGAGGGGGCUGUUCAAUUAUUUAAUAGUAAUAAUGGUAAUUAUCUAUUCGUUUUGAAAAGGAAUAGCGCUACAAUUGAAAUAUUAGAUUGUAGGUUUGGUUACAAAAGGAUUAAUGAAUUACAAAUACCUUUCAAAUUGGAUAAUCAAAAAUUCCGAGUUCAGUUAACUGAAGACCAAGGACUGUACAUGGGUACAAACCGAAAUAGUAUUAUCAAUUGGAGUAAAGAUUUGAUAGAAUUUGGUGGUAUUACUAGAGCUAGAGAUCGGGACAAUAGUGGAGAGCAAUUGGAACCAGAGCACGAAUGGGCUUUGCCAUCCUUCCGCGAACCAAGUGUAAAUGUUGCUGAGCAAGAGGAGGAUGUGUCUUUGGAAGAAACACGUGUUAACAUAAUCUGCACAAAUCCAAAGGAUGAGAGCCAUUUUGCCUAUUCAUAUUGUGUGAAUAAACAGAGAGAUGGCGGUCCCACUUCUACAAGGAUGGCAAACUUGGGGAUAGCUUUGGGUUCCCUUCGGAAUGCAAGGUGUUUCUAA